UUCUAGUAGACUACAUCAAAGACUUGAUCUAGAUCUAGAAUCUAGAUAUCUAGAUCUUGUCUCUGUCUCUAUGUAUAGAAUCUAGAUCUACUCAAAAUAAUAAAUAUGGUUGAGAAAAAGAAAGCAAAACAAACUAAAGAUGAUGAGGAAAAGCCUACAGCAGAAGAAUAUGCCAUCGCUAAAGACCUACGGUUUUCUCUCCCAGUCAAAGAAGGCAGACUACAUGGCAUGGAUGUCAAGUAUUUUAUUGGCAGUGAAGCUGUUGAUAAACUGAUGGGAUCAAAAUGGUCUGGAACUAAAAGUAAUGAUGCAAUAUUUACAACAAGAGAGAAAUGUGUAUCUUAUAUGCAAAAGCUUUUAAAAAAAAAUAUGUUCCAUAGAGCAGAAAGGGAAAAAAGAAGGAAAGACAGGAUAAAAGAUAAGCCAAAUAAAAAGAAAACUAAAGAUAAAGAAGAUGGCUCACAACCUGAGGAAGAUCCAAAGGAAAAAAAAAGUAAAAAAGAAAAGAAAAGCAAAAAAGACAAAGAUGAAGUUGAUGAAGAAACAGACAAAAAAGUGCAGGAAAAAAAGGAUGAUAAGAAAAGAAAAGAAAAGCGUCUCAAACUGAUCAUGCCAGAGAAACAGUAUUUUGAAGAUGGCAAUGAGGUUUAUGUGUGGAUAUAUGAUCCAGUCAAUGCUAAAAAUUUCCUCAUAGGCCUUUUGAUGGUUCUUGGUGCUAUAGCAUUAUGUAUGUUUCCACUGUGGCCAGAAGCAGUAAGGAUAGGUGUUUAUUAUCUUAGUGUAGCUGCAGCCAGUUUUGUGGGAUUUAUUUUAUGUCUUGUUGUAGUCAGGCUUGUUCUGUUUUGCUGUAUCUGGGUACUUACUUUUGGUAAGCACCAUUUCUGGUUCUUGCCAAAUUUAACAGAGGAUGUCGGUUUCUUCGAUUCAUUCCGGCCUUUAUACAAACAUGAAUUAGUUGGUAAAGAGUCUAAAUCAAUUGAAGGUAAAAAGAGAAAAAGCAAAUUGAAGGAUCAGGAAAAUAAAUACAUCAGUGACAGUAAGAAAGAAAAAUUAAGUGAUAAAGAGGAUUCUGAAUUUGAAUUGAUCAAAAAAGAAGAUUUGGUUGAAAAUGAUGCUAUUGAAGAUGUUGAAGAUAAUCAAGACAGGCCUGAUGACAAUGAUGAUAGUAGAUCAGACUUAGAAGAUGAAGAUAAAUCAUAUUUGGAAUCAGAAAAUAGUAAAAAGACCAAUUAAAAAAAAAGUUUUAUUAAUUUCA